AUGAAUAGAUUAUUAUUAUCUUCAUCUAAAUCAUUAUCAUGUGUCAAUCAAGUACGACUAGUUAAUACAAAUACAACUACAAAUGUACUUGUUGGACAAAGAAACUAUAGUAGUAGUUCAAAUAAACCAUCAACCGAAUGGAAGAAAUUAUUAUUUACAGAUUUACAUGUGUCAUCGAAAACACUUGAUCGAACCAUCGAUGUAUUGUCAAGAGUACGUGAUCUAUCGACUAGUAAAGGGUUGCCAGUUGUCUUUUUAGGUGAUUUUUGGCAUCAAAGAAAUAUUGUACAGGUGCGUCAUAUUGAUGCAUUGCUCAAAGAGUUUGAUCGUUGGAAAAAGGAUGGUGUCGAUGCCAUCUUUAUUCCAGGUAAUCAUGAUCAAGUUAGUGUUGAUGGUAUCAUUCAUGGAAUAGAGUUUUUUCGUCUAUUUGAUAACAUUCAAGUGGCUACAGACCCAAUCAUCAAUGAACAAGAGAAAUGUGCCUAUCUACCAUGGAGAGAAUCAAACUCUGCACAAAACCAAUUAUUCAAGGAUUUGGUAGAACAACAAGGAGGCAUUGAUAAUGCAAAGGAUUGGACUGUAUUUGCACAUGCAGAAUUGAAAGGUGCCACUUCAAACGGUGGAUAUUUGUCUAGUGGUAAAGUAGAUGCUUCUCUAUUGUCUAGUCUACGUGCUACUUAUUGUGGUCAUUAUCACAAGAGACAAUUAAUAGGAAACAACUCUUGGUAUAUAGGUAGUCCAUAUCAACAAAACUUUGGUGAAAUGAAUGACCCACAUGGUGUUGCUAUUGUAUCCUCUCAUUCUAUUCAACCUCAAUUUAUCAAUUUCGAUGAUACUCCAAAACAUUGGAGAUUAACCUAUCCACAAGAUUUCAAGUCAACUUUAUCAUUAUCAUCAAAAGUUCAAAAGAAUGAUAUUGUAGAGAUUAGAGCAACCAAAGAAUCAAUGAAAUCUAAUGAAUUUAUCAAUACUUUGGAAUCUUUACCUCCUCUUUUAGAUAUUAGAAGAGUUAUGAUUAAUCAAGAAUCAAAUAAUAAUAAUAAUAAUAGUAUCCCCUCCUCAUCAUCUUCUUCAUCAUCAUCUACUUCAUCUACUUUUUCUACUACUUUUGAUAUUUCAAAAUUAAAAGAGAAAUAUAAUAAUAAUCAUAAAUCAUUGGAUGAUUUUAUAAUUGAAUAUGUAAAAUUGAAACAACCAACAUUAGAUAGUAUCAAUAAUGAAGAGAUGGUUAAAAAAGGAAUGGAUGUAUUGGAUUUGGUAAAAGAUACAAUGAUUAGACCAAUGGGUAGAAAGGUAUCAAUUAAAGAGAUUGAAGUUACUGAUUUCUGUAGUAUUACAGGACCAUUGACAUUGUCACUGUCUGAUUAUCGAAUGUUGAUGAUUCGUGGACAGAUGGGAUCUGGAAAGAGUAGUCUAUUCGAAUCGAUGGUUUGGGCAAUCUAUGGUAACACUUCACCUAGAAAACAAGCAUCUUCAUCAUCUUCUAUCAAAGGUGAUGAGGUGAUUAAUGAUCGAGCCAAGAUGUGCAAGGUCACCGUUAGAUUACAGGUAGAUGGUCGUGACAUUUCCAUUACUCGUUCAAAAACUAGAGGAAAGGGUGCCAAGGUUGAAAUCAAUGGAUUGGAUGCAACACUCAGACAAGGUGUAAGCGAUCAACAGUCGCUGAUCAAUAAUAUUAUUGGGUUGGACUAUGACCUCUUUAGAAUGUGUGUGUAUAUGGGUCAGGGUAGUAUCAGUAAUUUCGUGACAGACAGUGAUCGUCGUCGAAAAGAGUUGUUGUCACGUGCCUUCUCGCUCGGUCUAUGUAUACCCGCUCACAAGAUUGCAAAGGAACAAAGAAAGAAACAAGAGAAUUUGGUAACCGAAUUGGAAACAAAAUUGAAUAGAAUGACUGCUCAAUUAUCAACUUGGACAGAUAUCGAUUAUGAAGAAUCAACUCUUGAAUGGGACUCAAAUCGUCAAACAAGAGUAAAAAGAAUAGAAAAUCAAUUGGAAAAGGAGAAAAGGGAAUUGGAAGAACUUGAUAUUCAAAAUAAUCUUAAAAAACAACAACAACAAGAAAUACAAGAACAAAGAGACGAACUAUUAAAUGAUAUGAAACAUUUGGAUUUGGAGAGAAAAGAGUAUCAAGAAGAAUACCAUAGACGUCAUACCAUGACACAUAAACGUCUAUUCAACAAUGAAUUCAAGGUUGGAAAUAUCAACAAGGAGAUAGCAGAAUUGCAAAAAUCUAAAAAACAUUUAGAAAAGCAUAGUAAGCAGGGAUUGGAUAAUGUACAAUGUGGAGAGUGCGGUCAACUGAUUGACCAAUCAUUGCAACUGACCAAGAUGGAAACACUACAACAACGAGUAAAAGAAAAGCAGAGUGAAUUGGCCGAUUUGGAUAACCAAAAAUUAUCGAUUGAUCAAGAGAUUGAUGCUUUGAAUCUAGAGAAUCGUACAACCAUGACUGGAUUUGGAAAGACAAGUGAAAGGAUCAAUGCAUCAUUACAACAACUUAAAAUUCAAGAGGGUAAUUUUGGAUAUCGUAUCGAAUUUUCUCAGAGAACGAUUGAAGAUUUAACACGUCAAAAACAAGCACUAGAGAAUGAAGUCAAUCCAUUCGAAUCACAGUCAAAAGCAAGAAUGGCACAAAUCGAUAAACUACAACAAGAUUCAACCAACCUACAAAACAACAUUGAAACAGAGUCUAGGGAAUUGGAUAGACUUGUGUUUUGGGAACGUGCCUUUGGAAGUGACGGUAUAUCAGUCAUGGUAUUAAACUCUGUUGUCAAAGAAAUUGAAAAUUAUGCAAAUGAAUAUUUAUCAAUCUUGUCAAAAGGAAAGUUAUUUACAUCAUUGUCAAUUAGUAAUACUAGAGAUGAAAAUGGACAUGAUGACAUUGACAAUGGUGAUUUAUCAUUACAAGUAUAUGAAAUUGAUGAUAAUGAUAAAGGUAGAAUCACAGAAAGAUCUUUCUACUCUUUAUCUGGAGGUCAAAGAAGAUGUGUAGAGUUGUCAUACAGUCCAUUUGCACUCAGCGAGGUUAUAUUCAACCAUGUUGGAUCUAGAAUCACAACAUUGGUGGUAGAUGAACUAACCAACCAUCUAGACCAAACGAUCAAGCCUGUCAUUUGUGACUUGCUUCGUAAUCAUCUCAAAGAAAAAGAUUCAAUUGUCGUCAUUGAUCACGACCAAUCUGUUCAAUCAGAAUUUGACAAUGUUUUAAAUCUUCAAUUUAAUGAUUUAAAUAAUAAACAUCAAUUUGUUGAAAUUUGA